AUGUCUUCUCCUGCAGAAUACUAUAACUCGCUUCCUCCUAUAAGCAAGGCUUAUGGGACCAUAUGUUUGUUCGCUACUACGGCCUAUCAAUUUGGCUUCUAUGAUCCUGAAACUAUUGCAUUGAUCUAUAAGCUAGUAUUCUCCCAUUUUCAGCUGUGGAGGCUGAUUACAAACUUCUUUUUCCUUGGCCCAUUCUCUAUCAAUUUUGGGAUUCGCCUCUUGAUGAUAGCAAGAUAUGGAGUCCAACUGGAGACUGGACCGUUUCAAAGACGUACAGCAGAUUUCUUGUGGAUGAUCAUAUUUGGUGCCAUGUCCUUAUUGGUAUUAUCAGCCAUCCCCUGGUUCCAGUCUGACUUUUUGGGGAUAUCAAUGGUUUUCAUGCUUCUCUAUGUAUGGAGUAGAGAAUUUCCAAAUGCCAAUAUCAACAUAUAUGGCCUUGUGACCCUUAAGGCAUUCUAUUUACCAUGGGCCAUGCUUGCUUUGGAUGUAAUUUUUGGCUCACCAAUUAUGCCAGAUCUGUUGGGAAUCAUUGCUGGACACCUCUAUUACUUUUUAAGCGUGUUGCAUCCGCUUGCUGGUGGAAAGAACAGACUAAAAACGCCAAUGUGGCUACAUAAGCUAGUUGCAAGUUUGGGAAUAGGAGCUCCAAUGAUCAAUCAUGCACAGCCUGACAGGGCUACUGGGGCAGCUUUCAGAGGAAGAUCUUAUCGUGUUGGUGGAUGA